AUCACUACGACGACAUUUCUGCUCUUAAUUCUCGCCCAAAACAACCUUCAUUCCCCUCUCUUUCCGAUUUUCCGGUGUAUAACCUAGCCGGAAAAGCGUAGCGACCGUCGCCUCCUCCCCCGGUCUCUAAUAAAAAAACACUCUGCCAUCUCACACUCAACUCCCAUACCCAUACAUUCACCUCUCUCUCUCUCUCUCUCUUAAAACCAGAAAAAAGAGAGCGACCCAGAGAAGGCUUUCACUUGUACAUGUUUAAUCCUUCAAAAUCUUUCUGGGUUUCUUUAGUCUUCUUUAUUUGUGCAGGUUCAAGUGACUAGCUAAGAGAAGUGAAGCAGUCAAGCUAUAGAGUUUCAGAGUAUUUUAUAUUCUUGUCUGCGAGGAGAUGCGAGGACAGUGGAGAUUUCUUUUUUAAUCUUUGUUCAAUUUAUCUGAUAAUGGUGGCUGCCAUUUCUGCAAAUGCUUCAACUAAUUCAUCGAACCCCAAGACCUCCUCACAACAAGAAGAGAUUCGUCGAAAUCCAAAAAGGCCUCCCCUGUUACCUUCUGAAAAGGACAAUGGCGUCGUUGGUUCUCGGAGACCGAAAUCCAGAGAAAUCACUUCUAGGUACAUGUCCCCUUCCACUUCCACCUCUUCUAUUUCCUCUUCUUCUUCUAGACGAUGCCCAUCUCCUCUUGUUUCGAGGCCCACUACGUCGACAGCCGCUUCAACACCAUUGCCGUCUUUGAUCAAACGGUCUCAGUCUGCCGAGCGGAGGCGUCCAGUCACCCCUCGACCCACCACGCCACUGCCUGAUUCGACGAGGACGGGCAAUGCUGCUGAAAUUUCAGUAGCUUCAAAAAUGUUGUUCACUUCUACGCGUAGUUUGUCAGUUUCGUUUCAAGGGGAAUCGUUCUCACUUCCGAUUAGUAAGACGAAGGCCGCUCCAACGCCCAAUUUGAGUAAUACGAGAAAGGCUACACCGGAGCGGAGGAGGACGACGCCAUUGAGAGGGAAGAUUGAUGGUUCUGGAGGAGUAGAUCAGAUGGAGAACUCAAAACCCAUUGAUCAGCAACGUUGGCCUGGCAGAACCAGAACGGCAAAUCCUUUAACAAGAAGUUUAGAUUACACCGUUGACAAGAAAAAACUCAUUGAAUCUGGAACCGUAGUUCGCGCAUUGCAGCAAUCAAUGAUUGAUGAAGGUAGGAGGGCAUCGUUUGACGGUAGAUUACAUCGGGAUUCAAGCAUUGCCGACUUUGUAAAGACUGUUCAGCAUGCAAUGGAUGCCAAUUCCACAAACGGGUCAUCAGUUCCCUCCGAUCUCACUGCAUCUGAUACCGAGAGUGUCUCCUCUGGCAGCACUUCUGGAGUACAGGAAUGCAACGGGGUUUCUCGAGCUCGGACCGGGCCUCGUGGAAUCAGUGUCCCUGCUAGGUUUUGGCAGGAGACAAAUAGCCGGUUGCGGCGUUUACAAGACCCUGGUUCGCCAUUGUCGACGAACACUGGUUCAAGGACGACCGCUCCACCAAAACUUAUUCCAUCCAAGAAACCAUUGAGUUUUAGCGAUAGUCCCAUAUCAUCUCCUCGGACUAUCUCCACUACCGGCAGCAGAACGUUGUCAUCACCUCUCCGGGGGCCGAUUAGACCUGCAUCCCCUAGUAAGCUAAUGACAACUUCAACUUCUUCUCCGUCCAGGGGAAUGCCCAGUCCUUCACGGAUGAGGAAUGCAGCAGCAAUCUCCCUGAGUAGUCACUCUGUCAACAAUCCGUCAAUUCUUAGCUUUUCUGUUGACGUUCGGAGAGGGAAGAUGGGGGAGAACCGGAUUGUUGAUGCACAUCUGUUGAGGCUUCUGUAUAACCGCCACUUGCAGUGGCGGUUUGUAAAUGCGAGAGCAGACGCUGCCUUGUUGUUGCAGAGGUUAACUGCAGAGAAAAAUCUAUAUAAUGCAUGGGUAACUACAUCAGAAUUGCGUAAUUCAGUUACAGUUAAGAAAAUGAAGUUACAGUUGCUGAGGCAAAACUUGAAGCUCACUUCCAUCCUUAAGGGACAAAUGACCUAUUUGGAAGAGUGGUCCCUUCUGGAUAGAGACCACUCAAAUUCUUUAUCAGGUGCUAUUGAAGCUCUCAAGGCUAGCACUCUCCGCCUCCCAGUUGUCGGUGGAGCAAAGGCAGAUAUCCAAAAUGUGAAGGAUGCUGUUGGUUCAGCAGUUGAUGUUAUGCAGGCAAUGGCAUCCUCAAUAUGCUCUUUGCUGUCAAAGGUGGAUGAGAUGAACUCCUUGGUGGCUGAACUUGCAAAUGUUGCCGCUCAAGAGCGGGCUUUGUUAUUUCAGUGCAAAGAUUUCUUGUCCACAUUAGCAGCUUUACAGGUGAAGGAUUGUAGCCUGAGAACACAUAUAUUACAACUAAAACGUGUACCAACAAGCCUGACAACACAAGUGUAGAUUGAUCUUAUCUGACUUCCUACUCUAAAUGCUAACAUCACAUCAAACCUUUCUUUUUCUCACCCGGAGGCAGCACCGGAGGCUGUAAGAGUAUUGAAUGGUUGCUUGUGAGAGAAAACAAGAGCUCUAAUUUGCCCUCUUUGGAACCCGUUGGAGACCAGCUGUAUCAUGUAUUUUGUAUGCACAGAUUACAGAAAAUGGCUUUUUGCUCUCGGGAAUUCAUAUUAGGUGUAAACAAAUCUGUCUUUUUUCUCCUUUUUACCCCUAUAGUUAAAAAGGAAAGCUGCUGUAAAUAUGUGUAUGAUGUUUCCCAAUUCCCCCCUUCCCCUUUAUUCUCAGUUUAUUUUUACCAA